AUGCCAGACGAGUCGCCUGCGGUUGGGACGCCAGCCGAGACGGUACAGCUGUCGCCGACUGCUCCCACUCCGCUGCUGCCUCAUCGCGCCGUCGAGCUCUUCUACCUGCAGCACGGCCACCGCGCCAACGCCUUCUCGGUCGCCUUCGAUCCAGACCUCGAGCGCUUCGUCUCCGGCCGAGGCGUCGUCGCCCACGCGACUUGCAGGAAGGAGGACCUCGCAGCGCUGAUCGACGAGUUCCUGACCUCGGCCCGCGGCCACCACGUCGGCUUCUGGAAGGCCUCGCAACAGACCGUGGCGGUCGUUGCGGAGCGAGGGUUUCGGAUCGUUGGGUACGGAGUCGACCAAGAGCGCCUCGCUGCCCUGACCGCCGCCGCGGAUGGCACGGCGCGCGAGAUUGAGGCCCUCGAGGCCAAGCUCCGCGCAAUCGCGCUCCGGAAACGUGCCAUAGCAGAGCGUGCCGUGGAGGAGAACGCGGCGGCCGACGCGGCGGCGGCAUUGGCGCGCGCGGCGGCGCAGAAGGCGGCGCGGGAGGAGCUUCCGUCGCGUGAGGAGCAGGCGUUCAUCGACGCGGAGAUUGGCAAGUCCGAGGAGCAGCAGGCUUGGCUCGAGCGGCAGGAGCGCUGGCUCGGCGUCGAGGUGGAGAGGCACGUCUCGCGCGAGGCGGCCGCGGCCGCCGCUGUGGCCAUGACCCGGCUGGCGGCGAGCGAGGAGGCGGGCAAGCCCGCGCGCGACGAGCAGGAGUGGGUCGAGGCGGAGAUGGGCAAGGCGGAGGAGGAGGCGGCCUGGUUCGAGCGGCAGGCGAGCGAGGCGGAGAAGCGGGCUUGGAUGCUCGAGGAGCAGCGCAAGCUCGCCGAGCAGGGCGCGUGGCUCGAGCGGCAGGCGACCGGAGGGGGACUCGAGGCGGGGACCAGCCGAGGGGCUCGUCCCGUGAGGCGCGCCCUCGCGGACCUCCACCGCACGCGCGAGCAGAUGGGCGCGCUCCGCGCCCUGGCUGCCGAGGCGACCGAGGCGGUGGAGGCGAUGCGGGCGGGCUCGCUCGAGCCGCAGCCGCACCUCAAGCGGACGCUUGUCCAGCUGCAGCAAGACGCGGCUUCCCUGCUCGCGCGAGGCCGCUCGGCGCUCGGCGGGCCUCGCGCGCUGUCGGCGAGCAGUGGACGCGCGCUGAUGGACAGCUGGCUCUUUGACAACUGGCUCUUUGCACAGGCGGAGCACGUCCUCUCGCUAGCGGUGCAGACGCUGCGCGAGGAGCUCGCUUCGCUGCUCACCGCCUACGCCGAGAUGGAGGCGGAGCGAGGCGUGGCGCACGCGUGA